AGAGGAAAACAGGAGGAGCAGUGCAUAUUUCGGAGAUCAGAGAUCUAAACGUAUAUUUGGACGAAUAUUGUUCUUCUAAAAUUGUAACUUGUGGAUUUUUGGGGAUGAUAUCCAUCCUGGGGACAUUCAAGGAUUCCCUCUGAAGAUCAGAAAUCAUUUUACUGGAAUUUGUCUCGUUACAUUUUGCAGGAACAUGACGGAGAGAACAAUGACACGGCAAGUGCUGCUCUUUAUCGCGGUUCUCUAUUUCAAUUCUGUUGUUGGGCAGGUCAGCUAUUCCAUCCCAGAAGAAAUGCCAAAAGGCUCUUUCGUUGGGGAUAUCGCGCAGGAUUUGGGUUUGGAUGUGAAAAGGCUGAGAUCAGGAAAUGCUCGCAUAUAUACGGGAGACAGUACGGAGUACAUCGAGUUGAAUAAAGAGAAGGGGGUCCUCCUCGUCAAAGAGAGGAUAGACAGAGAGGCGAUCUGCGCACAGGCGGUGCCCUGUGCUUUGCAUUUCCAGGUCAUCCUAGAGAAUCCUAUGGAAUUUUAUAGUAUCACUGUCCAAGUUAUGGAUAUUAACGACAACGCCCCGAUUUUUAAAAGGGGGGAAAUGAAAUUCAGAAUUAGUGAGUCAGCUAUCACAGGUGCAGUGUUCUUGUUACAACAAGCAAUGGAUCUGGAUGUUGGUGGUAAUGGCCUUCAAAGUUACAUGUUAAAGCCGACCGAUAACUUUGUUUUAAGGCUGCAAAAUCAAGCAGAUGGAAGUAAGAUGGUAGAAAUGGUUUUACAGAAACCUUUAGAUCGAGAAAAAGAGGAUAGUCUAUCGCUUAUAUUGACUGCAGUGGACGGAGGUGAACCGCUGCUCUCCGGGACAGUUCAGAUUCACAUCAGUGUGCUCGAUUAUAAUGACAAUGCUCCAGUUUUUACACAGAAAAUCUACAAAUCUAUCAUAAGAGAAAACUCACCCCAGGGGACGCAAGUAGUAAUCGUCAGUGCUUCUGACUUAGACGAAGGUCCCAAUGGCAAAAUAUCUUAUGCUAUAUUGAAUCUACUGGACAAUGUGUCAGAAUUGUUUGAGAUAAACAAAGAGACUGGAGAAGUUACACUGAUUGGCAACACUGACUUUGAAAAAAAGCGACAAUACCAAAUACAUGUCCAGGCCAUUGAUGAAGGAGGAUUAACUGACUCAUGCAAAAUUAUAGUUGAAAUAACUGACAUAAAUGACAACAUACCUGCUAUCAAUGUAAUGUCCAAGUCCAGUGUAAUAAAAGAGGACAUUCAGCCUGGCACUGUUGUUACAAUGAUAAAUAUCCAAGAUCCAGACUUUGGUGAAAAUGGAAAAGUAAAAUGUUAUAUUAACGACAAUAUUCCAUUCACAAUUUCAUCCGCAUCAAAUAGUUUUUUCAGUUUAACAACAGACAGUGAUUUAGACAGAGAGGUCGCUUCUCAAUAUAACAUCACAGUGACGUGUUCUGAUGAGGGAGUGCCCUCUCUCUCCAGCAGCGUCACUCUCACCUUACAGAUCUCUGAUGUGAAUGACAACGCGCCUGUCUUUGAGAGGAGCUCAUAUGAGGCCUACAUUGUAGAAAACAACACACCAGGCCUCUCUAUAUUCACAGUGAAAGCCAGAGACGCUGACUGGAACCAGAAUGCCCGUGUUUCUUACAUCCUGGAAGACUCCUCUGUUAACGGAGUGCCAGUCUCCUCAUAUGUUUCAGUCAGUGCUGAUAGUGGAGUCAUCCAUGCAGUGCGAUCUUUUGACUACGAGCAGAUCAAAGACUUCCACUUCCGCGUCAAAGCGCAGGAUGGAGGCUCCCCUCCACUCAGCAGCAACGUGACAGUGAAAGUAGUGAUCCAGGACCAGAACGAUAACCCCCCUCAGGUCCUGUACCCAGUCCAGACUGGUGGGUCAGUGGUGGCUGAGAUGGUGCCUCGUGCAGCAGAUGUGGGCUACCUGGUGACUAAAGUGGUGGCUGUUGAUGUGGACUCUGGACAGAAUGCCUGGCUCUCGUAUAAACUGCAGAAAGCCACAGACAGGGCGCUGUUUGAAGUGGGCUUACAGAAUGGAGAAAUCAGAACUAUCCGCCAAGUGAAUGAUAAAGAUGCUGUGAAACAAAGACUGACUGUUAUAGUGGAGGACAACGGGCAGCCGUCUCGUUCAGCUGCAGUCAUUGUUAACGUGGCGGUGGCGGACAGCUUCCCUGAAGUGUUGUCUGAGUUCACUGACUUUACACACGACAAGGAGUACAAUGACAACCUGACUUUUUACUUAGUGCUGGCUUUGGCUGUAGUGUCCUUCCUCUUCAUCACGUGUGUGGUGGUUAUUAUAUCAGUGAAAAUCUACAGAUGGAGACAGUCUCGCACCCUGUAUCACUCCAACCUCCCUGUGAUUCCAUAUUAUCCUCCACGUUACUCAGACACUUUGGGCACAGGGACUCUCCAGCACGUGUACAAUUACGAGGUGUGCAGGACGACUGACUCCAGAAAGAGUGACUGUAAGUUCGGCAGAGCUGGUAGUCAGAACGUGCUGAUAAUGGACCCCAGCUCUACAGGGACCAUGCAGCGGAUACAGAGUGAGAAGAGCAUCCUGGAUGAACCAGACUCUCCUCUAGAGGUUAGACAUUUAAGUUAUUCUCAUUUAAGUUUUAAACAGAAUGCAACACGUCGAAAAAAAUUGUAA